UAGUCGGGACUCGCCGCCGCCGCCGCCAUAUUCCCGGUAACGGGGGCGCGCGACCGAGGGCCGGCCGGGCCGGAAGAGGGUUCGGGAGCGACGCCGAGGCGGGGAGGGGUGGCAGCUUUCCUACCUGGUCCGUUCUCGGGGCUCGCGAUCUUCGCUCCGGAGCCAUGUCCGAAGGAGUGGACUUGAUAGACAUAUACGCCGACGAGGAGUUCAAUCAGGACCCAGAGUUCAACAAUACAGAUCAGAUCGACCUGUACGAUGACGUGUUGACAGCCACCUCACAGCCCUCGGAUGACAGAAGCAGCAGCACUGAACCCCCUCCUCCUGUUCGCCAGGAGCCAUCUCCCAAGCCUAAUAACAAGAGCCCUGCGAUUCUGUACACUUACAGCGGCCUGCGAAAUAGGCGCGCCGCCGUCUACGUGGGCAGCUUCUCCUGGUGGACCACAGACCAGCAGCUGAUCCAGGUUAUUCGCUCUAUAGGAGUCUAUGAUGUGGUGGAGUUGAAAUUUGCAGAGAAUCGAGCAAAUGGCCAGUCCAAAGGGUAUGCUGAAGUUGUGGUCGCCUCUGAAAACUCUGUUCACAAACUGUUGGAACUCUUGCCGGGAAAAGUUCUUAAUGGAGAAAAAGUGGAUGUGAGGCCGGCCACCCGGCAAAACCUCUCACAGUUUGAGGCACAGGCUCGGAAACGUGAGUGCGUCCGAGUCCCAAGAGGGGGAAUACCUCCACGGGCUCAUUCCCGAGAUUCUAGUGAUUCUGCAGAUGGACGGGCCACGCCCUCUGACAACCUUGUCCCCUCCUCCGCCCGCGUGGAUAAGCCCCCCAGCGUGCUGCCCUACUUCAACCGCCCUCCUUCAGCCCUUCCCCUCAUGGGUCUGCCCCCACCCCCAAUUCCACCCCCACCACCUCUGUCCUCCAGCUUUGGGGUCCCCCCUCCUCCUCCUGGCAUCCACUACCAGCAUCUCAUGCCCCCUCCUCCUCGACUACCUCCUCAUCUGGCCGUACCUCCCCCAGGGGCUAUCCCACCUGCCCUUCACCUCAAUCCAGCCUUCUUCCCCCCACCAAAUGCUACAGUGGGGCCUCCACCAGACACUUACAUGAAGGCCUCGACACCCUACAACCACCAUGGCAGUCGAGAUUCGGGCCCUCCGCCCUCUACAGUGAGUGAAGCAGAGUUCGAAGAGAUCAUGAAGCGAAACAGAGCAAUUUCCAGCAGUGCCAUUUCCAAAGCCGUGUCUGGAGCCAGUGCAGGGGAUUACAGUGAUGCAAUUGAGACGCUGCUCACGGCCAUUGCGGUCAUCAAGCAGUCCCGGGUCGCCAAUGACGAGCGCUGCCGUGUCCUCAUCUCCUCUCUCAAAGACUGUCUUCAUGGCAUCGAAGCCAAGUCCUACAGUGUGGGAGCCAGCGGGAGCUCGUCCAGGAAAAGGCACCGGUCCCGAGAGAGGUCACCGAGCCGGUCACGGGAGAGCAGCAGGAGGCACCGGGACCUCCUUCAUAAUGAAGACCGGCACGAUGACUACUUCCAGGAAAGAAACCGGGAGCACGAGAGACACCGGGAUAGAGAACGGGACCGGCACCACUGAGAAAGGAGUCUGGUUGGAAGCAAAAUGUUUUUAAUGGACUUGCAUCUCCUCACCUUGAUCAGGACGAAAGGACGGAGGCCCCUCCACCCCUCCCCCCUUCCUCCAGCCCCUAACACUCUCCAGACACCCAGGGAAUGCCCUCUGCCCUGCAGAACUGAAGACUGCCUGGCAGCCCUCUCAGCCCCACACUUCUUGCUUGCCAGGGGAAAUGGCCUAAGACUGUGGUUGGGAGGGGUGGCAGACAGAAAGAAAACAUCUCCAGGCCCCUGGUUUCUGUGGGCAGUGGUGCUUUGUCCAAGGAAAUGUGUUGAGUUUUUGAUUCUCCAGGAGCAGACAGUGGUGGGGUUGAUGGGAAGGAAGAUUUCCUUCUCACAGAAAAUGGGUCCCCGGCGGGGGGGGGGGGUCUGGGAGAGCAGCUGGGUGUGCCAAAAUAUGCCCAGCGGCCUGCCCUCAGCACUUGGUUUGAUGGGGCCAAGAGGGUUCAACCCCCUUGCUAACAUAUUAUUACUUUGUUGAGCUCUUUUUCCUUUCCAGCCCUGUGAGGAGGGACCACGAGAUUAGAAAUGACCUUAGGAAAAGCUCCUCCUCUUCUUGCUUUUCCUCCUCGCAUCUUGACGGUUUGUUCCCUGACCUCCCAGAGGGCUGCACCCUUCCAGCUCCCCGCUGCCCGGCCUCCGCCUGGGCCUGCCCCUCCCAGGCAGAGGCCACUGAGGCUGCUUUCUGCCGGGAGCCUGGCAGACCGUCACCACCCUCUGCUGCUUUGUGCUUGGCUGCCUCUUGCAAUAACCGGCUGUACUAGGUGUUCCAUUUCCCUGGGGCCUUUCCAUUUCAUACAUGGAGCCCUUUUCCCCAGAAGGCUCCUUCCUUGUUUUAGAGGAAGGUACUGCCGUUGGGAGAGGGGACGUCGGACCUCAUCAGUGAAGAGCCCUCGUGAAGUACCAGGACGAGUGGGGAAGGAAGCAGCUUGCCAGGGUGUGGCCUACUUCCAUAGACUUUUAUUUUAUUGUAUUUUUUUUAGGUUUGAUGUAAGUAUGGGCUUGCAUCCCCCUGGUACACACUUAUUGUAGGAGAACGUGGCACUAGUAGGCAGGCAAAGAGUCAAAUGAGGUGUCUUUCCACCUUUUGACUGUUGACUUGUAGUUCCCCUCACUCAGCCUCUGAGAAAGGAGCACAAGGAAAUCGGAGCCUGGCCUGAGUGAGCUGGCUCCGAGCUCUAAGGACCACCACCCUGGGGGCUCCUUUUUGCACAGGUAGAUGGACCCGCUUGUCCCACAGCCUGUGUGCAAGUGUUGGCGCGGGGGGCCGGGCUGCCUCCACGAGCUUCCACGGGGUGCCGCCUUCUGACUUGGAAAGAGAGGCGGCAUUCGAGGCGAGACUGGGCGAGUGAGACGUAGGGUCGCUGGAGACCCUUCUGAGAGACUGAGUUGGACUGAACCUUGCCUCUGUUGCCUGCACGCUCUGACAGCCUUCCAUUAGCCACUAAGGGAAUCCCCUCGGGUGGAGAGGCGCUUUCCCGUGAGACGGAGGCUGCAGGUUUAUAGCUUUUGCCCCCACCUCUACUUCAGAACAGGGCAGCCCAGCCGGCCAAGUGUUAAGUGAUGUGCUUAUCCUCAAGGGCAGCUCCCAGGGAUCUUUUUAAAAUAUAGAGAAAACCAAGAGUGGUGACAAUGUAAGGGGAAAAAAAAAAAAAGAUAGAAUACCAGAAAAGCCGUUUACCUGGAGAAUUAUUUUUCUCCCCAUUUUUCUGUUUUUAUUCAAUGACACAAUUUUUAGUUUUAUUUCCCGAUAGCAAAAGGAGAGAAAGAAAGAAAAAGAAACCCAGCCCUCAAAAAGGCCAAGGCCUCGUCCCCUGUUGUCGGUGAUUUGUUUGUCUUUCUGAUAGGUUGAAAAUUGUGUAAUAAACUUGAUGACUCUGUCAAUCUUUUAUACUGCAUUGUAUUUUUUUCCUUUUGUAACAAAAUAUUUUAAAAUAAUAAAUGGGGUGUGAGCUGUU